AGUUGUUGUUCCAACCUGAGCGGAGAAGCGACUGUCCCGUGACAUCAGACCCCCGGAUUAGAUCCAGAACGGCCGAGCCGAGGGAAAACGAACCCCGACUUUAGUGUCAACGCUGUCUCCUCCAACCUCCCUCCGCACUCGCAUUGCUCCUCUUUCUGCUUUUCUUUAUCCCGAUACCGACACUGAUCUUCCCUCCCGAGCAUUCCACUGUCUCGGUCAUCGCUCCGGAUUGAUUCAUCACAUUCCUCUUUCCGCUCGCUGGCGGUGAAACAAUGGCCGACAAUAUGUCAGCGUCCCAGUCGCAACUCGCCUCCUCCACAUCGUCUCUUUCGCCCUCGAAACUCUGCUCCAAAACCUACAAGAAAGCCUCGCAGCUGUAUCUCACGCGUCGGUUACAAGAAUCUCUGACGGCCCUGGAGCCUGUCAUCACGCCCAAUCGAUCGGCCGAGGACCAGCAGUAUUCCAAUGGCGACGAUUCAACGGCACCCAUUGCGACCGCCCCCGCCACGUGGAGGAUUAAAGUGUGGAAUCUAUACAUUACCCUCUUGAGCACCAUACUUGAUCUGGGACCCGAGGAAGGGAAGCAAUUAUUUGGUCAGAAAGAAUGGAAGGCGAUUUCGACCAAGGUCCGAGAGGGGGAAAUUUGGGAGACCGUUCUCCAAACGGGCUACAAAGGUCUAGAGGGGUCGGUCGACGCGGAGGUCGUAUACAAUCUAGCCACGUUAUUACUCAAUCACUCUCCCUCGCAAACGCUGAACCAGCAACGACUUGAAACCUACCUCUCCUCGUAUGGCCAGCCAAACCUAGAUAUCGCCGAGCACAUGCAGAACUCCCCCAAUGGCUCGCAGAAGUCCCGCGCACGCCCGAACGGCGGCACCGACACCCCGAAAGACCUCGCCGCUCGGGUCAGGAUCAUCGAGCUCUUUACGCUGCACGUGCUUCCCCGCAACGAGGAAUGGGACUAUGCGAGCGAGUUCAUCAACCUGAGCGAGGUCCUCGACGAAGAACGCAAGGAGCUCUUUCUACAAACUCUCGACGGACUCAAGGAGGAGCGGGAGCAAGGAGAGCUACGCGCCGCGGCGCUCCAGCGGGAAAAAGAUGCCGAGAUGGAGCGACAAAUGCGCGAAGCCGAGCGCGAAAGAGCGGAGGAGGCCGCUGCGGCAGAAAGCGCACAGAAGAAUCACGGUCGCAAUCACAGCGAGGUGGACUAUGGCAUCGAGAAACCCAACCCGAAUGGCAGCCCCAAGGCGCGGGGAAAGCAGACAAGCAGCAAAGGCAGUGGCUCGUCACGAACUGCGUUCUCGCCGCCCGGGUCGAAGAACGUGAAAAGACCCGAGAAGCCCGAGUCCCGGGCCAAACGGACACGGGCGUUCACGAACGUGCUGCGCAAUCUUCUGCAAUACAUCUCCAAGUCUAUCGCCGGGAAUCCCCUGUCUUUUGCUCGCACGCUAUUAUUCAUGCUCGGCUUGGUUGUGGCUCUAAGCCGAGAGAACGUGCGGGAGCGGAUCCGGAGGAUCACAGGGUCUGGAUGGCAAAAGAUCAAGGGGACUGUGGGGAUGGGCGUGAAAGUGAGCUAUAUUUAACGUAUCUCUUUUCUUUUCUCUUCUCUUUCUGUCAUUGUUCCCAUUCUUUUCUUGGACUCAGACUACGGACUGGAUUUUGGCCAUGGUUAUCAUCACACUUAUUGCUAUUAGACUGGAUGCACAGGUCAACAUGUUACAUAGGAGUAUCCUUUCAUUUUACAAAUUCUCUGUACAAUGUUUGCAUGUGAAGAAUUCUUAGAAUAGCAUCUGCAGGACUGCCCACGGUAUCUCUCAUCCAUCCACAUAUAUCCAUAAAUCAUAAACGCAUCACCCAUCAUAUAACACACACGACUAUUACCGUCUAGACUCUAGAUCCCUCCCAAAUCACGGCGCGAUCAAACCACCCCAUCUCCACCUCUCACUCCAGUCCCCUCAUGCUCACACUGAUCCUCAC